UGUCAGGUGACUACUUGGGAAGCUUUUAAAAAUGGUGUCAUUGUUCGUUUGGUAAAAUACAGCGUGCUUGGUCACCGGCAUGCCCCGCUGGAUUUGGCUCGGAUCCCUAAACUCCGAUGAAACAUGGUGCCAGCGUGAGAUGCUGUUAAGACAAUGGCGAUUGGUUCACACGUGGAUCCUGAGGCUGCCCAGAAGUCUGCUGAAACCCGGGGGCCAUCUUGGCCGGUCUUGCUGCUCACGCUGACUGCCGUCACCUCCUCCUCCUUGUCAGCUCUGUCCUUGUACCAGCUGGUGGUCCUCAGAGCUGAAGUGGGGGGACUGAAAUCCGAGAUGUGUCGCAGGAAGGAAGAGAGUCAGGAGGCCAAGUGUAGAGACCAGACUGAGGAUAUCAGUCAUGGGAGAGGCAGCCAGACGGACCCGCAACACGCUUUCACCCUCUUGAGGAGGAGGAGGAUGGUCUCUGAGACAGACAAGCCAGCUUCUCAGUCGUGUCUGCAGUUGUUGGCGAAUAAUAGCAGGAGAACCUUCAGGAAAGACUUUGCCCUGGAGCCAUACACAGGCAUCCCCUGGCAGACUGGCCUGAGGAGGGGCUCUGCACUGGAGGCAGUAGGAGACUGCAUGGAGGUCCGAGAGGAAGGCUUCUUCUUUGUCUAUAGUCAGGUGUACUACAUAGACAGCACCUUUGCCAUGGGCCACGUGGUGGUCCGGAGGAAGAGAACGGUGGUGGGUGACGAGGCUCAGUAUGUGAUCCUGUUCCGCUGCAUCCAGAGCAUGAACCCUGUGUACCCUUACAACACCUGCUACACAGGAGGUGUUGUGAAGCUGGAAGUGGGCGACCAGUUAGAGCUGCUGAUCCCCAGGCCCACAGCCAACGUGUCCCUGGACGGAGACGCCACCUUCCUGGGCGCUGUCAAGCUGGUUUAGAGGCUGUCACCUCACAUGUGAAGCACGCCUUCAUCCUGGAAGAGACAUUUGUGCACAGCAUGAAAGAGAGACUGUCUGAGCAGGUUACAUUUAUCCAUCCAUCCAGUAAAAUAUGCAUUUGCAUGCAGCUGCGUUAUUAUUUACCAUGUAGCAAAAGCCGUCUUUUACACAAUAGAUUUGCAGAAUCUGUCGCUUUUUCUUCGCAGUCCUAUUUAAGAUGUGUAGCGAAGCCUCUCCCCCCCCCCACCUUUUUUUUUUCUCUCUCCCCAUAGCAGGUCAUGACAGAAAAUAAUUGGUACUGUUGGAGCCACUAUGGAUUGAACUUUCACAGUAUCAUGUUAGACCCGCUCGACAUCCAUUGCUUUCGGUCCCCUAGAGGGGGGGGGGCUCGCCCACAUCUGAGGUCCUCUCCAAGGUUUCUCAUAGUCAGCAUUGUCACUGGCGUCCCACUGGAUGUGAAUUCUCCCUCCCCACUGGGUGUGAGUUUUCCUUGCCCUUUUGUGGGUUCUUCCGAGGAUGUUGUAGUCGUAAUGAUUUGUGCAGUCCUUUGAGACAUUUGUGAUUUGGGGCUAUAUAAAUAAACAUUGAUUGAUUGAUUGAUACUCUUUUUCAUGUCAGCAUUUAAGUAAGUGUUUUUAAAGUGAAGUUAUUAAACACGGCUUUUUGGUCAUUUGAAUUUAAAACGGUUAAGACAGACCAUCGGGAGUUACGGCUCGGUUAUAAUUAUUACUAGAGAUGUCCGAUAAAUGCUUAAAAAUGUGAUAUUAUCGGUAUCUGUUUGAAAAAGUAAAAUGUAUGACUUUUUAAAACGCCGCUGUACGGAGUGGUACACGGAUGUAGGGAGAAGUACAGAGCGACAAUAAAACUUAAAAAGGCACUGCUUUUGCGUCCCGGCCCAAUCACAUAUAAUCUGCGCCUUUUCACACACACAAGUGAAUGCAGUGCAUACUUGGUCAAAAGCCAUACAGGUCACACUGAGGGUGGCCGUAUAAACCACUUUAACACUGUUAUAAAUAUGCGCCACACUGUGAACCCACACCAAACAAGGAUGAAAAACAAAUUUCGGGAGAACAUCUGCACCGUAACACAAUAUAAACACACCAGAACAAAUACCCAGAAUCCCUUGCAGCACUAACUCUUCCGGGACGCUACAAUAUACACCCCGGCUACCCCACCCUACUCCCCAACCCCGUCCACCGCAACCUCCUCAUGCUCUCUCAGGGAGAGCAUGUCCCAAAUUCCAAGCUGCUGUUUUGAGGCGUGUUAAAACAAAUAUGCACUUUGUGACUUCAAUAAUAAAUAUGGCAAUGCCAUGUUAGCAUUUUUUUUCCAUAACUUAAGUUUAUUUAUUUUGGAAAACCUUGUUACAUUGUUUUUAAUGCAUCCAGCGGGGCAUCACAAUGAGAUUAGGCAUAAUAAUGUACAUAUUGGUAUCGGUUGAUAUCGGAAUCGGUAAUUAAGAGUUGGGCAAUAUCGGAAUAACAGAUAUCGGCAAAAAUGCCAUUAUCGGACAUCUCUAAUUAUUACCGUUUUUAUUGUUACAUCCCUCGAUAUUACAAAAAACUAUUAUACAGUAAUUCACUUUGAAAAAUGGGUAAUUGCUAUUAAAUAAAAUUAUAAAGUUUUUUUUUUUAGUCUAGUCUUGUAAUAUUAGCGUGAAUUGUGAUUACAGUAUUUUACUGCAAUAAAUGCUGUCAAAUCCUUGUAAACUUACAAUGUGGGCAUUGCAAAAUCUGCUUAAACUGGUUAGAAAAUCAUCCGAAAAUCACUACUCUGUCUAUUUUGGGGGGAAUCUUAAAAGCAAACCACCUUUGUAGGUCCAUAACGAGGGUCAGCAACCCACGGCUCUAGAGCCGCCACAUGCGGUUCUUUAGCGCCACCUUAGGGGCUCCCUGGACCUCUUUCAGAAUUGUGUGAAAAUAAAAAAAGAUGAAGAAGAAAAAUUGUUUUUGUUUAAAUAUGGUUUCUGUAGGAGGACAAACGUGACACACACCUUCCUAAUUGUUCGAAAUGCUACUGUUUAUAUUAAACGUGCUUCACUGAUAAUAUUUGGCGAGCACCGUUUUGUCCUACUAAUUUCAGCUCUCCUUGAACUCAUCGCAGAUUGUUUACAUGUACAAAUAUCUCUGAUGCUGCCUCAUAAAGACAUGUUUUAUGCCA